AAUGAUACACCUUUGUUUUAGUUGUGUGUGUGUUAGUCUGACUUGUUAGCCAGUGGAGAGAUGUACCUCUGACUGUAUUGACACAUUUGGACACGUUUUGUUUCGAAAAAUUCGUGACAGCGCUGGUUCUGGAACCCGUGGGCGUGGUGAAUUGAUGGAAACAUGGUCCCAGAGCCCGAGACUAAUUAAUGGGUAAACUUUGCCAUGUGUGACUUAAUUUCACUCUCAGGUUCCAAAGCAUCAAAAACUGUAUCUCCACGACAUAUGUAGAUAUAGGCGUAGCACCUAAAGACUCGUGGUUUGGCUGAGAACUGGUAAGCAAGUGUUGACAGACGGCAGAAGUUUCAGUAGCAGACGACAGUUCCACUCUAGACGUCUGCAAUCAGGAGCAGACGGUACGAUUAACAGAUUAGCAGACGAUAGGGAUUAAUUCGCGGGGAGAUUAUCGCAGACGGACGGCGAUAACAACGUCAGCAUGAUGAUGAUGACAGACUAUCGUAGCUGCCGCUACGACCACAACGCACCCGUUUUCACCGGACCAUCGUUCGGCGGGGCAGACAUGUCAGAUGCGAGGCAAAUCAUGGACAUAUCUUACUCCCAUCCUGGGGGUAACCCUGAUUAUUUUGGACCCCCGAAUGGGUCUUAUCAUCGGUCGUAUCCUCGUCAGUAUCCUGAAGUUUACGGCUAUCAUUCUAGUAGUGGGGUGCCCCCGCACUUCUUCAAUUCAGGCGGUGACCAAACGGCGGUUGACUAUCGGCCUCGGCAUCAUUCGCAGAUGAAGGAGAAGUCGUUUGUGUCGUCAAAGGAAGAGUCAACUGGGGGUGAUGAUGAACCAAGAUCCUGCUCAGGCUCCAAGGAAGACAAGAAUGACCUGUUGGACGACAAGGACAGCCCUAGAUCUUGCUCCCCCGUUAAAGACGAAACCGGCAGCAUGAGCGAAGAUCACACCUCCGACGAAGACAACGAACACAUCCCCCACGUUCUAGCUCCUGGGUACCAUGGACCCAACAGAAGGUGUCUCCUUUGGGCCUGCAAAGCGUGUAAGAAGAAGACGGUGACAAUUGACAGACGGAAGGCGGCGACGAUGCGGGAACGACGUCGGUUACGGAAAGUGAACGAAGCGUUUGACACUCUUAAAAGACGGACGUGCCCAAAUCCGAAUCAGAGACUACCAAAAGUUGAAAUUCUGAGAAACGCUAUAGAAUAUAUUGAAAGUUUAGAGGAACUGCUUCACGGAAGUAGGAUACCAAGGGGCGACGACAACUGUAACGACGCCGGAUCUUCAAGCAGUGGUUCCGACUACAUGACCGUUCACAGUCCGCAGUACUACGACAAACUACACCACAUCCCCAACAACGGUGGCGGUGGCGGAGGCGGGGACAUGGGCGGCAGUUAUAACCAUGGCAACAACUAUGAUCAAGUUCAAUCCAGCGGGGGCGUGUCCAGUCUCGAUUGUUUGUCCCUCAUUGUUGAAAGCAUCUCACCCAAUAAACAAGCCUCCGUCAUCUCCAACAUGGCCGCCUCAGACAGGCCGUUAUGAAACGCCAAAGAAGGUGUAAAGCGUCACGUGACGUAACGAUAUGUGACGUCUGACGUAAACAAUGUUGGAAUACCAUACCAAGCUCAACUUCGUGAUGGCGUUCCUUUAACUGAAUGGUGCUAAUCAUUAAACAAUAAAGUGGCGUUAUCAACGUCGGUCGACGUCAGUAAAACACCGUAUGGUUUGUCGACGUCACACCGAGUGUCAGUAAGUACAAGGAAUCUUCCUUAACAAAGAUUAAAGCGACAUCAUGAACGUCGGUGGACGUCAUUGAUUAACAGAAAAUACGACAAUACUGCGGAGACGUUAACGUUAGUCGACGUCACGGAGAGUCGUAGCGUUCUUCCUCACAAAGUGUUCUUUCACUACCAUUACAACCAGUGAUAUUUGCAUAUGACGCCGUGCACGAAGACGUCGUGAGGAUGCCAUUCACGGACUGAUGACGUCUUCGGCAGAUAUGUGACAACGAACAGUGUCAAUUUGAAUGUGUCUGAACUGUUACAGUGACACGUAUUGUACAUAGAACCAAUAUUGGUGGCACCACAGUGCCAGAAACCAAUAUCAAACCGCACCUGGAUCUAAUGUGCGUCUGUAAUAGUGUUUGUUUAUAUGCUUUUUACCUGGAGUCAAAACUAUCUUAACAUUUCGGUAUCAUUUUUAUAAGUAUAAAUGUCAAGUUUGUCAUGCUUAUGUUUUUUUAAACUACAUGGUUUUAUUUAUUUGUUCAUAUUGUUAAUCGAUUCAAUCGAUUUUAGAUCUUAGAGUUAUAAUUUAAUGCCACUCGCACAACACGUUAUGCAAAGCAGUUUUAGUUAGAGAGAAAGAAAUAUAACGAUAUUGAUAAGCACGUUGCCUUUUCAGCGAAAUAGUUUUCAAUGCGCAUGCGUACAUUGUAACUUCCUGUGGAACAACUGGAUAUGUAUAUAACGGUGACCAGGUAGCACUAGAUCUCGCGAGAUGUGCAACGAAUAUUACAACCUCGCACAAUUUAAAUCAUGUGUAAUAUUUUUUAAGUCAAAUGUAAUAAACAAUGUGAAACGAAA